GUAUGCAAGGACAAAAUCCAAACCAUUAGAUAUGUGAAAGCUUUAACAGACGCAAAAUAAUGAUAAGUGGUUUACAUUUCUUGAUUAUUAUUAUUAGAUAAUAAGAUUUUUAGAGAAUAUGCUAUUUAAAGUUGGAUUGUAUAUCAAGACUAGUGUAUGUAUAUAAGUAAAGGUUCAUUAAAGGAAUUUAUGUACGCAGGUACAAACAAGACAUAUAGAGAGAAGUUAGAGAGAGAAUUGAAGAGAUUGAUAGAUGUUUUCAACUGGGUUCACUGCUGUUUAUUCAGUUUGCAGUGAUGCAGCUGGGGUUGCCGGGAACCUUUUUGCUUUUGUCUUGUUUGUGUCACCCAUACCUACAUUCAGGAGAAUUUUAAGAAACCAAUCAACGGAACAAUUCUCAGGAUUGCCUUACAUUUAUGCUCUCUUGAACUGCUUGAUCUGCCUCUGGUAUGGCAUGCCCCUUGUAUCACCUGGUGUUAUAUUGGUUGCCACCGUGAAUUCAAUUGGAGCGGUUUUUCAGCUAGUUUAUGUGAGCAUCUUCAUCGCAUAUGCUGAAAAAGCCAAAAAGCUGAAGAUGUCUGGAUUGUUAAUAGCAGUUUUUGCACUAUUCAGUAUCAUAGUCUUUGUGAGCAUAAAACUUUUUGACUCUGAUGACCGGCGGGCAUUUGUUGGAUACUUGAGUGUUGCUUCUCUGAUUUCUAUGUUUGCUUCGCCCCUAUUUGUCAUUAAAUUGGUCGUUAAAUCGAGAAGUGUUGAAUAUAUGCCAUUCUAUCUUUCUCUUUCAACCUUCUUGAUGAGUCUAUCAUUCCUUGUGUAUGGAAUGUUCAAGGAUGAUCCUUUCAUUUUUGUCCCGAAUGGAAUUGGAACACUAUUGGGGAUUGUUCAGUUAAUGUUGUAUGCCCAUUAUAGCUCCAAAUCUGGUGAAAACUCAAGAGAGCCCUUGCUGGAUUCAUAUGCAUAAAUGAAUCUACUAAGCAACACAGAGCUUCUUGCAUGGUAGUCAAUCUAUUUUGUGUGUAGCGGAUAAGUGUGCCAUCAAAAUCUGCAUAAUGAAUAAAGUAAUAGGAAUUCAUGUCAUCUGAAUGACAUGAUUGGUCUCAAAGUCCAUAGGUUUUCCGAAUGAUAUGAACCACUAAGUGAAGUAUCAGUACGAAGCAUUUUUGGACUUACCCAAAUCAGUCGUUUGAGUGACUGGUAAUCUCUCUGUAGCUCAUUGCCAUACUGAAAACAGAGAAGUAUAGAAGUAAUG